AUGAAAGACAGGGAAGAGGACAACAGGUUGCUGAAGGACCUUUGUCUGACAGACCCCAGAGAUGACAUCGCACGUAUUGAACAAACCAAGGGCUGGCUACUUGAGGGCUCGUGUGCUUGGAUGCUUGAGCGUCAGGAUUUUAUCGAUUGGAGAGACGGAGAUGGAUCUGGCCUGUAUUGGAUCAAAGGCGGGCCGGGAAAGGGCAAGACGAUGCUUUUGAUAGGCAUUACUCAGGACAUGCUGCGAACGGCACAGGACAGCGGCCUAGUGUCCUUCUUUCUCUGCCAGAAUACCGACCCGAAACUCAAUACAGCAACAGCUAUACUCCGAGGUCUCCCGGGACGAUUGCUAUUUGAAGACUCCAAUGCAUUCUUUGCGUUGUCGAGGAUUUUGGCCAGAAUGCUCAAUCACCCAAACCUCCCCAAGGUCUAUUUUAUCAUUGACGCACUGGACGAGUGUCAGACGGAUUUGCAACCAUUACUCAAGCUCAUUACAGAACAUGCCUUGUCGUCACGUCGACCCAGAGACGAGAUUAGGAGUCUCCUAGGCGUCGGCGGCUGCUGCACCGAGCUAGACCUCGAUGAAAAUGCGCUGGAGAAUGUAAAGACUGUGGUGAAAGCUUAUAUUGACUACAAGAUAACAGAACUUACCCAGCGGAAAAGAUACAGUCCGAAGCUCCAGCAAGAAGUAAAAGAUUAUCUCCAACUUCAUGCGGAUGGCACGUUUCUCUGGGUGGCUCUGGUCUGCCAGCAACUACAGAAAACCCUUCUCUGGAAGACAUUGUCCGUCUUGAAAUCGUUCCCCUCAGGUUUGGAGCCUUUAUAUCAACGAAUGAUGGGGGAAAUACAUCAGCUAAAGAAAGAAUCACCGGAGACGUUUGAUUAUUGCCGACGUAUCCUCGGGUCUAUCACACUUGCCCUGCGGCCACUAUAUCUGACCGAGCUCGGUCUUCUGGCUGGUCUUGAACCGGAACUUGCUGAAGAUCAAGCAUCUCUAGAGGAGAUUGUUGGAUUAUGUGGCAACUUUGUAGUUGUCCGCAAAGGAAUGAUCUAUUUUGUCCAUCAAUCAGCCAAAGAUUACCUUACUACUCAUGGAUACAAGGAGGUGUUCCCAAAUGGCGACGCAGUUAUCCAAUCAGGCAUUGUUUCGCGCGCGUUGGAGGACAUGUCGAAUACAUUGUGUCGGGAUAUUUGGGAUCUACAUGACCCCGGCUGCACUGUAGAAGAGAUUGAAACUCCUGUUCCAGAUCCGCUUCGAUACGUUCGAUACGCAUGUACCUAUUGGAUCGAUCACCUCUGUGAGCUCGACUCAUAUACUCAACAGAGCUUGGGCCUAUGCGAUAAUGGCGCAGUCAGUGCAUUUUUCCAGAAACAUCUGCUCCAUUGGCUAGAGGCUCUCAGUCUGCUACGGAGUAUAACAAAUGCAGUGGAUAUGCUAGCAAAAUUGGAACAGUCUCUUACAAAAAUACCUCGUGAUUCCGCUCAGCUUCUCUCAAUUGUUACGGAUGCAAAGCAUUUUGUCGAUUAUCAUCAAUAUGUCAUCGGGAACGCACCACUACAAGUGUACAUUUCCGCCUUGGUCCUCAGCCCUUCGUCAAGUCAAGUCAAGGCCCUGUUUGAAGACCAAGCACCCUCGUGGAUCAAAAAGGCACCACUUAUGGAUUCAGAUUGGAAGUUGCACGUUCAUAUACUAAACGGGGAUGCAACCAUUCCGACGUCCGUCGCAUUCUCUCCGGAUGGGCAGUUCGUGGCAUCGGGUACCAGUGAUAUAAGAAUCCUGAUAUGGAACGCAAAAACAAAGGCAGUUCAACGGGUUUUGGAGGGCGAUAAUGGACCCGUGUGCUCGGUGGCUUUCUCGCGCGAUGGCACUUUACUAGCCUCCGGUUCGGUGGACACGAUCCUAGUCUGGAGCCAUCACAAAGGGCAGGUAAUGAAGACCUUGAAGGGCCAUGGAGACAGUGUGAACUCGGUGGCAUUCUCCCGUGACGACAAGAUGUUGAUUUCUGGCUCACACGACAACUCAGUACGCAUAUGGGAUGUGCAGACCGGAAAACUCCUCCGAAUCCUUGAAGGCCAUACCGCCGCGGUGACAUGUGUUGAGGUUUCGGGGCACUCCCAGGUUGCGUCGUGUGGGUAUGAUGGUACAAUCCGAACGUGGGACGCGAACACAGGAGCUCUGAGGCACAUACUGACACCUGAUUCGGGCGUCUGGUCUAUAUCUUUUUCUCCUGACGGGAAAUUCGUGGCCGCCGCCGCCGGCGAGACGCUACAAAUAUGGGAUGUCCACCACGGACAGCUUCAGGAAACGUUCCAGCGAGGCGUCAUACGGGUAUCAUCUGUGGACUUUUCCCCGACCGGGCAACGCUUGGCCGUGGGAUUCUGGGAUGGAAUUGUUCAAAUAUGGAAUGUUGAAACUGGGUCAUGGUCACUACUUCAAACAUUGGAGGCAGGCGAAUGGGUACAGUCCGUCGCUUUCUCUGGUGACGGGCGCAGACUUGCAAUUGCCUCCCAGGCGACAAUUCAAGUAUCGCAGGGGACCCUGGCAGGUCACACAUCGCCGGUUGGGUCAAUCACCGCGUCGCCUUGUGGAAAGUGGCUAGCAACUGGGUCGGAAGACUGUGCAGUUGGGCUGCUAGUACGCACACUAACAGGACAUACAUCCCUAACCAACCGCGUGGAAUUUUCCGCCGAUGGAAAGCUCAUAGCAACUGGGUCUAAGGAUUCGACGAUUAUAAUUUGGGAUGCCCAAACGGGCGAUACAAUACAUAUUUUUACUGGCCACUCCGGCCAUGUACUUGCGUCUGGAUCUACGGACAAUACGAUACGGAUCUGGGACCUAUAUACCGGGGUUUUGGAGAGAACCAUAGAGACCUACCGGCCUUGUGAGGUUGCCUGCGAAGACGGUUCAAACCUCUUCACUAUAUUUGGCGGCAUCGCAAUUGCAUUGAACCAGACUCCCGCACAGGCCCCAAAAGCGAACGCGAACGACGUCAUGGAGUUGACUGCCCGCCAGUAUAGAGAAGCGAAACGGGUUGGAUACGGCCUGGAUGGUGAUAUGUCCUGGAUUACGUGGAAUGGUAGAAGACUCCUCCAGCUACCGUUGGAAUACCGACACCGGGCGUAUCUAGUCCAAGACCAGAUGAUUGCUCUUGCACAUGGGUUGGGUCGGGUGAUUAUCUUUGAGUUUGCGGAUUGUAUAUCGCCAUUGUAA